CUCGCGAAUUUUAUUUGCACACACACCGUAACGUAAAUUAAUUUUGCUGUAUGUUUUGCCGUCUAUUACCAUCAAACCAAACGUGGGAAAAUUGUGAUUUCUUUAAGGAAGCAAGUUAAGAAGUUAUUAUAAUAUUGGCUAAUUAAAAACGAACGAUCCAAUAAAACUUUUAUGAACCCAAAAGGAAGAAAAAGAGGCUAGACAUCAAAAAGAAGAAUUUCUUUUCCUACUUUCCUUUUCUUUGAAUGCUGAUUGCUAAAGAAGGCGUGCGUGUACACACUUGCAAGCGGCUAUCCACACUUAAUAAAACAAUUACAACGAUUUCCCACACACAGACAUUCAUUCAUUGAUUUUUAACCGGCUGCUGUUGCUACGAUAGAGAGCAAUUGACCACACGAACACCAUAGACUAAAAACUUAAAAUGGGAGCUUACUUAUCACAACCCAAAACGGAUAAAUUGUCCACAGAUGAGUUCAAUAAUUUCUUGAUUGUGGGAGCGAGUUCUAUGCAAGGUUGGCGUAACAGUCAAGAGGAUGCUCACAAUGCGAUUCUAGAUUUCGAUGAAGCCACUGCAUUCUUUGCUGUGUAUGAUGGUCAUGGUGGUGCUGAAGUAUCCACAUAUUGUGCUGAUAAAUUACCUAAUUUUCUAAAGGCAUUAGAAGCCUAUAAGAGCGGUAAUAUUGAACAGGCUCUAAAAGAUGCCUUUUUAGGAUUUGACAAGACACUUUUGGAUCCUGCUGUUAUUGAAAACCUAAAAGUCUUGGCUGGAGAAAAGAAUUUUGUGGAUGGUGAGGACAGCGAUGUCAUGGAGGAUGAUGAUGAAAAUUUAGCAGAAUUACAUGAAGAAGGUAGUUUACCCUUGGACGAGGUAAUGGAAAAGUACAAAGGACAUCCGUCCAUGCCGUCGUUGAAAAAACUAAAAGAAAGCGGAAAUGGUGGUUCUAAGCCACAGUCACCGUAUCUAAGAGGAAGACGAGCUGCAGCUGUCAUUGCAGAUGCGGCAAAUAGAGCCGAAUUGGACCCGGACUCGAAACCAGAAGGUUCAUCAACAUCUAAGGCAGCCUUAGCUGUUCUUCAAGAUGAUGGACCAAGCUCUUCAAAAUCAUCGUCAUCUUUGUCAGCGAAUAAAGUUGAAGCUGAGGAGGAUUCUACGGUCAGCAGCAGCAGCAGUAGCGCCAGCAAAACUAAUAACACAAGCAACUCUGCAAAUAAUGCUGCUGAGGCUGAGCCUUCAUCUUCGAAAACAUCGAAUGGAAAAGCAACCGAGUCGCCAGAUUCAUCAGUUGUUAAAGAAAAUGAACAAAACGGAAGUGUUUCCUCUUCUGAGACAAAAACAGAUUUAAAAACUAAUGAAGUAUCGGGAUCAGAACCUACUUCCAGCGACAAAGAGGAACAAAAGCAGAAUGGAAAUGUAGCAUCUUCAACUAAAUCACCUGCUAAAAUUGAUGCAGCCAAUGUUUCAGCAAUAAGUUCCACUAGCAAGGACCAAAAAGAUAAAAAAGAAAUUAACUUUGUGGCGGAUGAUUCCAACGACGAAGAUGAAUUCGAUGAUGAAGAAGAAGAUUUGGGCGAAGAUGAUAGCACAGAAGAAGAUGAAGAUGCCGAUUAUGAUGAUGACGACGAAGUAGAAGAUGAAGAUGAGGAUGGAGAAGAAGAUGAAGAGGACGAAGAAUCGUAUUUGGCUAAUGAGCAGUUUUGUGCGAAUAUGAUUGAGGAACCGGGUAAAGAUAGUGGUUGCACUGCAGUAGUUGGUCUUCUGCAAGGUCGUGACUUGUAUGUAGCCAACGCUGGUGACUCACGUUGCGUUGUUUGCCGUAAUGGUAAAGCUAUAGAAAUGAGUUUGGAUCAUAAGCCGGAAGAUGACGAGGAGUCGGCACGCAUUGUUAAAGCUGGCGGACGCGUUACAUUGGAUGGUCGUGUCAAUGGUGGUUUAAAUCUUUCAAGGGCUUUGGGAGAUCAUGCUUAUAAAAUGACUGCCGAUUUGCCUGCUGAGGAACAAAUGAUUUCAGCAUUGCCAGACAUUAAAAAAUUGGUUAUAUCACCGGAAGAUGAAUUCAUGGUUUUAGCAUGUGAUGGCAUUUGGAAUUUUAUGACAAGUGAUGAGGUUGUCGAGUUUGUCCGCUUACGUCUUAAGGAUGAAAAUAAAAAAAUGUCCGAAAUUUGCGAGGAACUCUUUGAUGCUUGUUUAGCUCCAAACACUUUGGGAGAUGGCACCGGCUGCGAUAACAUGACGGCUGUUAUUGUGCGUUUUAAGCCAUCAAUUCAGGAAUUACCUACAAAAAUUGAUCCUAAUACAACAGAAGAUGUGCUACUGCUCGCAAAACAAAGCGAAGUUGACACUUCUUCUUCGCCCCAGAAAGCGCAAAAACGAUCUGCUUCACCCACCUCCGAUGAAUCCAAUGAAGCCGAAAAUCAAACGAAGCGCUUAAAGACUGACAAUAACAAAAGAGAGGGCGAAAGCAGUACCACCAACAACACAUCCUCUAGCAUAGCAACAACCACCACCUCCACCACAAGUAAAACGGCAUCUGGUGAUAGUGGCUGCACAACUUCCUCAACCGGUGAGGUUGAUGAUGGUGAUGCUAAAAUGAAGGAAGACGAUUCGUCGUCUGCCGUUGAGUCGUCAACGUAAACCUAUUGUUUUAACCGCCUGUCCCCCCACUAAAACAUAUGUAAACUUAACCAAUCCUCAUAUUUUUACUACUUCACUUCAUGCGUAACACUACCUUACAUACAAAUAGCUCUUGAUUUUGACAAGUUUUUAUUUAUAAGUUGGUGUGUAAUAUUCUACCUACUCCCGCCCUCACUUUACCCGUUAGAUUUUAAGUUUAUAAGAUACAAUUACAACUCCCUCUUAAGAUAAUAAAAUUAAAAAAAGACUCAUUCAAAUUCA